UGUAUGACCUUCUCUUUCUGUCUCAGUUCUUCUUGCGUGUCUGUCUGCGCAAAACUGCAAGUUAGUCUGCAGGAUGCCCGUGGAUAUCUCUCAGUGGAGCGGUCCUCUGGCCCUUAAUGAGGUGGAGGAGAAGCCAGCGCAUCCACUCAGCGUGAGCUAUGGCCCCCUGCACAUAGAGGAACUGGGGCAAGUGCUGACACCCACUCAGGUUCAGAAUCGCCCAACAAGCAUUGAAUGGGAUGGGAUGGAUCCCAACAAGCUCUACACCCUUGUGCUCACAGACCCUGAUGCACCAAGUAGGAAGAAUCCAAAAUUCAGGGAAUGGCAUCACUUUCUAGUAGUGAACAUGAAAGGAAAUGAUAUCGGUAGCGGAUGCGUCCUGUCUGAUUACAUUGGUUCAGGACCUCCAAAAGGAACAGGUCUCCAUCGUUAUGUCUGGCUGGUCUAUGAACAGUCUGAGCCGGUAAAGUGCGAUGAGCGUAUUCUGUGCAACCGCUCUGGGCAACAUAGAGGGUUAUUUAAAGUGUCUUCCUUCCGCCAGAAGUAUAAGCUUGUGAGUCCCAUUGCUGGUAACUGUUACCAGGCUGAGUGGGAUGACUACGUACCCAAACUAUAUGAGCAGCUUGGGUCCUAAGAUACAAAUGAGUUGUUUCAUUUUGUAAGCCUUUAAAAACAAAGCACUUCAUUUUUUUAGUUUACCAGUUGUGUUCCUAGGGCUAGCUUGUCAAUGGUAAUCUCCCUUGCCCUUUAUAAUCAAAAUCAAUAAGACAAAUCUAGGUGUAACAAACCUUUAGUGCUCAAGCUGGCUUUGACCUUCCACCCAAUGAUGCUUGGCCAGCUCAUGGCUCGUAUCUCAACAGCAGAAGAACUGGGGACUGGCUGCUGACAAUAGUCUUCGUAGUUCUUACACAGCAAUAGCGCAGAAAUUUUACUUUAUAUGUUAAAGGAAGAGGGAUACAAGUGUCAUUAUCCCAUUUCUUCCAGAAAAGAAUGCAUUGUCUAAAUGAGGAGAGCAGAGUAAUAUCCACCACCCAUUAUGUACUUGUUUAUAUGAAGCCAUUUGUAAAUCAGUGCUAUGCAUUGCCUUAUUCAACACAAAAUGUGAUUGUUUUUUCGUUUCUGCACUAUUAGAUCAAAAAGACAUAUGAAGGAUUUUGUAGAUAUCUGCAGCAGUGAAUACGUUAACGCUGAUGUUUUGAUGUGUUUACAUAAUUGCAUACAUGCAUUGCCAAUAAAUCAAAAUAGAUGUU